GGAGAUCGAGACCAUCCUGGCUAACAUGGUGAAACCCCGUCUCUACUAAAUACAAAAAGUUAGCUGGGCGUGAUGGUGGGUGCCUGUAGUCCCAGCUACUUGGGAGGCUGAGGCAGGAGAAUGGCGUGAACCUGGGAGGCGGAGCUGGCAGUGAGCCAAGAUCGCACUACUGUACUCCAGCCUGGGUGACAGAGCGAGACUCUGUCUCAAAAAAAAAAAAAAAAAAAAAAAUUUAAAAAUUAGCCAGCCAUAGUGGUGCUGCCUGUAGUCCCGGCUACUUGGGAGGUUGAGGCAGGAUUGCUUGAGCCCAGAAGAUCGAGGCUGCAGUGAGCUAUGACUGUGCCACUGCACUCCAGCCUGGGUGACAGACAGAGACCCUGUCUCAAAAAAAUUGCUGGGCAUGGUGGCUCACGCCUGUAAUCCCAGCACUUUGGGAGGCUGAGGUGGGGGGAUCACCUGAAGUCAGGAGUUUCAGAUCAGCCUGGCCAACAUAGUAAAACCUCAUCUCUACUAAAAAUAAAAAAAUUGGCAGUGGAUCUCUCUUGUGUCACUCAAGACAUGGCGGCUCCGCUAGGGGGUAUGUUUUCUGGGCAGCCACCCGGGCCCCCUCAGGCCCCGCCGGGCCUUCCGGGCCAAGCUUCGCUUCUUCAGGCAGCUCCAGGCGCUCCUAGACCUUCCAGCAGUACUUUGGUGGACGAAUUGGAGUCAUCUUUCGAGGCUUGCUUUGCGUCUCUGGUGAGUCAGGACUAUGUCAAUGGCACCGAUCAGGAAGAAAUUCGAACCGGUGUUGAUCAGUGUAUCCAGAAGUUUCUGGAUAUUGCAAGACGGACAGAAUGUUUUUUCUUACAAAAAAGAUUGCAGUUAUCUGUCCAGAAACCAGAGCAAGUUAUCAAAGAGGAUGUGUCAGAACUAAGGAAUGAAUUACAGCGGAAAGAUGCACUAGUCCAGAAGCACUUGACAAAGCUGAGGCAUUGGCAGCAGGUGCUGGAGGACAUCAACGUGCAGCACAAAAAGCCCGCCGACAUCCCUCAGGGCUCCUUGGCCUACCUGGAGCAGGCGUCUGCCAACAUCCCUGCACCUCUGAAGCCAACGUGAGCAAAGGGCAGAGGCAGUUGGCCUAUAAGUGGGCUGGUGCGUGGGGUUGGCCACACAUCCCUUCCUGUGGACUUGACAUUUUGGAAGAACUCUUUGUCAGAUAAUGAGUUCAUUUUAGUUUUAUGCUUCCAUUGAAAAAUUUUCCACUGUU